AUGAGCUCGUACGUAGCCAAUUCAUUCUAUAAGCAGAGUCAAAAUGUUCCAGCCUAUUCCAUGCAAAGUUAUGGGAAUUAUGGAUCUGUAUCCGAGGUCCCUUCAUCCAGGUAUUGCUACAGUGGGUUGGAUCUGAGCAUUACAUUCCCAUCUCCUGGUUCUUCAAACUCUCUAAACGGUAUGGACAUGCCUUCAAACCCCACUACAAACUCUGAUCGGCCUUCCUGUAAUGUAAUGGGCACUUCGGUGCACACACUUGGUAGAGGAGAGCAAGGUGCCCUCAGCCCUGGGAUUUACAAUCAGAAAGCGGGGAGCACUUCGUUGGAGGACAGAUCUAAAGGGAUUGAGAACAUCAAAUCAGAACCGGUACAAACAACUCCACAAGGACAGCAACAACCACAGCAGCCACAGCAGCAGCAGCAGCAGCAGCAGCAGCCACCCCAAAUAUACCCCUGGAUGACCAAACUGCACAUGAGCCAUGAAACUGAUGGCAAGCGUUCCCGGACAAGCUACACUCGAUAUCAAACCCUGGAACUAGAGAAAGAAUUCCAUUUUAACAGAUACCUGACACGUCGCAGGCGCAUUGAAAUAGCCAACAACUUAUGUUUAAACGAGAGGCAGAUCAAGAUCUGGUUCCAAAACCGAAGGAUGAAGUGGAAGAAGGAUUGUAAAGUCAAAACCAAAGACUCCCUUUAAAUGGCGACCUCAAAGGAGCUAAAUAUUUAAACUGAGUUUUACUACAUCUACUUAAAGAAACUUUUUUUUUUGCCUUUUGUGUGAAGGGAGGUGGAUGGGAUCAAGGGAAGGUAAAAUAACUACAGGGAUUCUGAGUUGAUUAACACCUCUAACACAAGACAGUCCCCCUAUAUUUUGAAAGCAAAAUAGUGUAUAGAUCUGUAUUUUAUCCAUUAAGUGUAUUAUUUUGACUAAUGUCAGUCUCAAGGUGUAAAAUGUGGAGGCAGAAAAUGUUUAGGCAGCUCCUUGUAUAGUUUACUAUCCCAGGCGUCAUUGUGCUAACUGUGCAAUCUGUCCAGGGUCAAAGAAAGUUCUUUGGAAAAAAAAAUGCUAAUUGGGGUACUAGGCUGAAAAGGACAGGCAAAGAGUGGCUGUAUUAUAUUGUGCUUAUUAUAAUAGGGGUCAUAUCUUUGGUAAGCAGUUAGAUUUGGAAAACAUAAACAAUAGAAAACACAAGUCUAAAGUUUCAAGAUGAAACUUUGCCAUUUGUUAUAUAGUAUUGUACAUACACACAUGAGUGUGUAAAAUCCACUAUGAUGUGUCCAUGCACUUGUAUAGUCUUUAAAAAAAAAACCCAUACGUGUCACACACUACAGCGUGAAUUUGUUUUUUAUGUUUCAUUUUAAUAGUAGUGUUUGUUUUUCCCCCUAGAGUCAAAUAUGUGUCCACCUAUUCUUAUUACCUUUUGCCUACACACUAUGGUUUACUCAGUAAUACAAUGUAUGUGUGCAGGAUUUAGUUUGUCUUCUUUUGGCAUUUUGGAAGGGAACAAAUCGCCAAAAUGUAUUUUCAUGUGUAAUUUAUUGUGUUUUUUUAACAUA